GGUGUCAAGUACACGAAAAAGUUGCUUCUUUACUUAGCUAGACUCAGCUAGACUAUAAAUAAUAUAUAAUUUACACUUGCCUAUCUGAUCUGGACUAGAUCUUGGUCUAGAUCUUUUUCUAUCUACUCCAAUUACAGAUCUAGACUUUUAUUGAAUUUACUCCGAAUAGACUAAGGUGCAGGACUUAGAAUGAAUGAACGUCACUAAACAUGGGUGCAGAAAAUAGCAUCCUUGAAGGCUGUGAAUGGGAUGACCCAGUAGAAUCUCCCCCAAGUUUUCUGUGGCAGUUAUCUCCUGUCACAAAAACUGAUGGUACUCAUGCCACUAUCUUUGAACCAAAAAGUACGGAAAACAAAGAUGGUCAAUUAUUAAAAAAGGGCGCCUCUAUUCUCAGAACCCUGCGACAUCCAAACAUCAUUCGUUUCAUUGGUUUCAGCGAGUCAUCAUCUCAUGUUUGGCUGGCAACAGAAUCAGUGGUGCCCUUAGUUUCAUUUGUUCAGGAGUUAUCUUCUGAGGAACUUUGUGUAGGACUCUAUGACAUCCUCCAAGGAUUGGAUUUUCUCCAUUCUAAGCUGGGUAUGAGCCACAAUAAUCUCUGUUUGUCAUCUAUAUAUGUUAGUGCAGAUGGUACAUGGAAGCUGGGGGGAUUUGAACAUGCUUGUAAGUUUUCAGAUGCAACUCAAGAAUUUUUGGAGAAAUGUCGUGCAUUUAGAAAAGAGGACACUUUAUCACCUGAAGAAAAAUCUGGCAAAGUUUCUAUAGAUGCUGCUAUAAAUCAUUCCAGAGAUAUCUUUGCUUUUGGCUGCCUAGUAGAAGCAGCUAUAGACCUUGUUAAAGAAAAAGAUGACCAAUUAAAGUUGUUAGAACAUCAGAUGUCUUGUUGUUCCAGUCUUGAACCUUCCUCUAGACCAAAAGUUUCAGAAUUACUUAAAAUGUCUGUUUUCAGCUUAGAUCUCAUAGAUAUACUGUGCUUCUUGAAACAUAUUACCAUCAAAUCUGAUGCUGAGAAAAAAGAAUUUUUCAGCACUCUGCUGCCCAGAUUACAAAGUUUGUCAGAAACUGUCCUGGCCAGAAGACUGGUUAUGCCACUUCUGGCCAGGUUUGUGUUGCUGAAUGAAUGGGCUGAAAAGCUGGUCCUACCUGACUUACUUGUACCAAAAAAUGGUUCAAGUGGAGGUAGAUCUAGCUCUGUUCGAGGGCUGUUACCUGAAUCAUUGUAUAAAGAAUUUGUGAUCAACCAUUUGUUCAACAUCUUCCAUGUUCACGAUAGUCACAUUCGUUUGAUUUUAUUGGAGCAUUUUUCACAUUUUGCUCAUUUGUUCUCCAGGGAACAGCUAGAAGAUGAUAUUUUUAUACAGAUUCUUAUAGGUAUUCGAGACACAAAUGAUAAAAUAGUUGCAGCCAGUCUUAGAGCCCUGGCAGAUCUUGUACCUCUGUUAGGUGGAGACUAUGUUAUUGGUGGCAGGAGGAAACCUUUCUUUUUCCAUGGAUUGCCAAAGAAAUUGUCCCCUCAAGAUUUGCUAAAGAUGGAUAUACCCAAGAACAUUGACUCAGCUUUAUCUCACAAACCUCUUUUAAAAGACCUUGCAAUGACUAAGAAGUUAUCUUCUGUUGAGAAGAGCUCAUUAGACAAGGAUAAAAAAGCUAGAGAGAGAGAACUACGCAGAGAGGAAGCCAAACUUAAGAGAGAGGAGAGGAGGAAAAAAUUGAAAGAGCAAGUCCAAGAUGAUAAUAACAAAGAACAUUCCAUGGAUAGUAACAGUGUAACAUCAUGUCUGACCAUUGAGCAGGCUGCAGGUUUGGAUCUUGAAACUAUUGAUGUGGUAAACCCUACAUCUAAUGGAGACAUUGACCAUUCUGAGUCUCUUCCGGUGACCGAAAGUGGGGAGAGUUUUGAGAAUGGAGAUGGCAAGGAGUCACCUGAUUGGUCAGACUGGGAGAAUGAUGAGCAAAGAAUCAGUGAAGAGAUUGAGGCAGAGCUGGAGAACAUGUCGCAGAAUGUGGCAGCUAAAGUACAGACAUCCCCUAGCCCUUAUCAAAAUAGAAUUGCUCCUUCUCCCCCUCCUCUGAAAGUGGACUGGUCAGACAGUUUUCCAAAUGAUAGCUGGAAUUCUCAGAAGAAAGUGAAUAAAGAGAAAACUUUCAACGGCCCAUUAACAUUAAAAACUAAACCAAAGCAGACAGAGGCUGCAACAGUUUAUACAAAUAAAGAAACUUUAGAUGAAUGGGGCAGUGACAACUGGGAAGCUGCUGAAGCUAAUUCUAUAACAAAAUUUAGCUCCCCUGGUAAAAAGCCCCUGUCAGGAGAAAAAAAUUCAAGUGCCAAAACUUCUUCAGCAAAAUCCCAAUCCAAAAGAAAUGAUGAUCUAGGAAUGGGCCUGGAUAUCAAGAGUAUUGAAAUUGUGCCUAAAUCUCCACCAGCUGAGUUAGAUUUCUUUGCAGACAUGGCCCCAACAAUUUUAAUGACCCAAUCCAAAGGUGACUCACUAAUUACAGAGGAGACCAACACCAAGCUCCCUAAUGAGUUUGAAAUGUCUUCAAGUUCCAAAACUUCCAAGCCAGUGAGUGCAGAAAAAGAAUCUCUAUCUAAUAAAGAUGCUUCACUUUUUGCUGUAAAGAUAACUGCUACUGAGGAGGAUGUGGGAGGCUGGGGUGAAGCUAAUGCUGACUGGGACACUGAACAUUUGUAACAGACAAGUUGAGUAAACAAUAUUGUUAAACAAACUCGACUUGAGAGGGCACUAGCAAAGUGUGCAAUACAAAUGUCUAUUACCCACAGAUAUCAGUUCUGGAAGUCUUUAUAGCUCUAGAUGCUUGUUGAUUGAUUAUGUUCUUGUGGAUCUUUAUAUAAACUAAUUCUCUGCCAUUGUUGAUGUCAAUGUGAAACUUGUGCUUCUAACUCACACUUUUAUUACCUGAUAAAGCUCUUUAAAUUGGAUUUAUUGUUUAGUUUCAAAAUGUAGUGGGGCUUUUGCCUAGAAGAUUGAAAGGAAAAAACUGCAUUUACAAAUUGAUGACUGCCUUAUACUUCUUUAUAUAUAGUCUGCACAUGUGCAUUUAUUGUAAUGCAUACAAAGCUUCUCUAACAAUUGCUUAAUAUCUGGGAUUUUUUUUUUUUGGUGGGUUAUUUCAUUGUUUCUUGUUAAUUUUGUGGUAUUAACUAAUAUAAUGAAUGAUUAUCUUAAAGACAAUUUAAAAUUAAAAAUACAGCCAGAAAAAAAAAAGGGAAAUAAAAGUUAUUCAGCUGAAAAAUAAGUCUUUAAAAAGUAAUCAAUGAGACUGUUUCUGGUUGGAGUCAUUCAAAACAAGAAAAUAAAUCUCAGAUUAUUCUGUUAUCAAAAGUUUCUAAUGGUUGGCUGGUGAACUAAAAACUACCAGUACAGAAGAAAAUAUAUGAAACAAAUGUGAUAUACAAACCAGUCUCACAAUUGAACAAAUGUAUGAGGUGGUCAUUUUAUUUAUUUAUUUUUUUAAAAUAAUAAUUGAAUAGUAAUUUCUUAAUAAGGUACUUUCAAGCUCACCUUUAAUUUUCAGUCAUUCCUGGGACACUCAAGUAUUAUUUGCUUUAGCUGCUCAUUAAUGAAUUUCAUAGUUACUUGAGCAAAUCCCAUAGGAGAAUUAGCUUUUCAGUCAACUCUUUCAGUGCAGCUUAGUCUCAGGGAGUAGCUUCGCUAGUGCUGGUGUAACUUGGUAUAUAAUAUUUAUUUCACUAUCUUUUUAUUAUCAAACUUUUUAUUUUACGGAUGUAAGAGUGAUUUUUUUCGUUUUGUUUGUAAAUUGUAAGCAGGACCAACACAUUUUUAAAAAAUAAACAUUAUGUUAGUGGUUCCUCUUUUUUAGUUUAUUUCAUGACCCAAAAAAAUGUAAAUAAUACAAUGUCUUAGUGCAUUUGUUCAUCUUUUAUUUAAUUAGAAGUGAUAAAAUGUAUUUAGUUUUGUUAUUUUUCAAUAUUUAUAAAUUAAAUGUAUAAUUAAAAAGUUAAAUCUUUUAUUAUAUCAUUUAUAUAUUUCCUUUUUCUGUGCUCAGUUUAAACUUUAUAUUUAAAAAAAAUUUCCUGAGUAAUUUAUUUUAUUUAUUACACAUUUUUGUAGCCAAUUCAUUUUCCUUUACAAACAAAAAUCAAAUAGGUUAGAUUAUAUAAUAAAAUACAAAAGUUAUUUUAGUUUUAGUGGCUUGCACAAUUGUUUCUAAAUGAUAGAAUUGUCUUUUAAAAUGUGACAGUUCUACUUUGACUUUUUGAGUGGUAAGAAAUAGAUGUUUUGAUUGACAGGUAGUUGUUCCUAAAAUUUGUUACAUAGAUGUUCUACUAUAUUUUCAUAUACCAGUAUUUAAUAUUUUAUUGUAAUUGUUUCACCCAGGUUCAAACACGGUACAUUUAUCACAGUUUUAGUGUUCUAUAUGAACUAAGCAGCCUUACUGCCAAGUAGAAUACACAUAAGGAAACACAUUUUGUAUUUAUCAAUGGUUUUGAACAAUGCAGCUGAAAGGGGAAAAAAUUGUGCAUGCAUAUUACUUAAAUUAAACUUACUCCUAGCUAAAUAUUAGAAUGUACAUUUAACCUAAAACUUUUUUGAAUAAUUUGUUUUAUAGUCUUUCUGCUAAUUGAGAACAAAUUGCAUUUUUCAAGAUGUCUUGCAAAAUAAAAAAUAAUCUGGAGCAUCAACUUAAAUUUUUUUUUAUACUCAUUUUUAGCUUUUAUCUGUAUUGAGUGAUCUAGGACUGAAAAAAAAAACCCAACUUAUUUUAGCAUACAAAUCAAUGAAUUAAGAUUCAAGGUUUGCUAAAUCUAUGAGAUACUGUCCUCAUAGACCAUCUUCCAGUAUUAGAAGAAGUGCUUCCUGGGUUAAUUUUCCAUCUUAAAUCAGGGUUAAUUUUAAUUUAUCCGCUCUGUUUAAAUGUCUUGAAUUUUAUGCAUGAUGAAGGUUAAGUUAUUCUAUUCAGUCAUUCUUUUGUUUUGUAUUUGUAGCAUAUUUUUUGCUUAUAUCUUUGCAGGGAAUCGCUCAUUAAAUAAAAUAGGUUUUAAAUUUCUAUAUUAAGUGGGAAAACUUAUGAUGAAUUGUCAGAACUUGAAGUAAACUGAAGCAAUGUGAGUUGUAGUCAAACUGCUGUCAGUGUUCUCCUUCAUUGUGAAUGUGGAGUAUCUACAUUUUCUUCCAAUGAAAGACUUGCCAAUAUUUGGUGUUAUUAUCAUCACUGUGAUAUUUUUGUUAUAAGCAGUUUGCUGCACAAUACAUUAUUAUUGAUCAUUAUGUUUUUAUUUUCAUUCUAUAACUUAUUGGGACAAUUUUUUUAUAAUUAAAAUAAAAUUUUAUUUCGCUUACAUAUUUUUGUGCUAUCAAUUUAUAAAAUACAUUAUAAGUAAUGCAAGUUUAAUUAAUCCAAAUAUAAAAUGUGAAAAGUGAUUAAGUUAUUAAAAUUUGUUCUGUCUCUUACUUUCCAACAGGAUUAAAAAUGACAGACGAAAUAUUUUAUUUUUUUAGAUAGUUAUUUUUCUGUAAAACGGUUGUUUGUUUUCAGACCUGUAAAACCAUUGUUUGUUUUCAGACCACUUUUGUUCAAUGAAAUGUUAAAAGUAAUAAUAAAAUUUAAAAUUUUUUUUUUUUUAAAUGUUAUCUCAGAAUUAGACCUCACUUUGUCUUGCAGUUGUAUGUCAUCUAAUAGUCACUUCUGGAUUAAGUUAAAAGAUAGUCAACCUGAUUUGCCUUCACUCUAUGACAAACAAUGGAUGAAGAAAAACAGUCCCAGUACAUAAAAUACUACACUAUCAAUUAUAAAUGUAAAAAAAAAAGUAAUAAAAUACUGCUACAUUUCUCACUCACCAGACUCUCUGCAAACACUGCUCAGCUCAAGAACUCCAAAUAAGGUGAUACUUGAAUGUGUAAUACAUUAACAGACAAAUACUGUACAAUUGGCAUCACUAAACAUCUAACUUGUAUUGAAUUUGUACUGGACUCUGUCAUGUCUUGAACUAUGCCGUGCUCAACUAUCCCAGACCAACUUCCAUCUGAACAUACUGUACUGGACUGUCUUGCUUUACUGAACUGUUUUGGAGGAAGUCACCCUAACCCUGUCACACUCUCUCUCUUUAUAUCAGGUUUACCAAGGCCUUCUUGAACACAGUUCCUUUCUACAAAUUCUCAUGACCAUAUCAUGGGUGAUAUCGACCUAUAGUAUCCAUACCUGCACUUUUCUGCAGCUCCGUCUCUUGACGCAAUUGACCGCUAGCAGCACCCAGGACUGUCCCACAUGGGUCAGCUGAUCACACUUAUUUUUAUAACCUUUUUCAAAUGCUAGAUCAAAGACACAAGAGCUUUCUCUUUCCAACUAUAUUUCUUAAUCAGAUUCAGAAAGACUAGAUACACUAAUGGUUCUCACACUAUGUUUUUAAAGGACCUACUGCUAAAGAUAUCAUUUAGUAAAUGAAAACAAAGACUUGAUUGGAUACUAAACAAUUUAUUUCAGACCAAAUGUGCAAAUGCCAGUUUAUACAUAAAGCAAUAAGGCUCACAGUAUCAUUAAUGUAAACAAGUAAUGUGUUUGUAGAACUGAUCCAGCAUGGAAUACUUUCAUCUAGUUAUUGUAGGUAUCCCAUUGCAUUAUAACAACACAAAUGAAAUUAACAGGAUAAUAAUUUUUUUAGAAGAGACCUACAUCCAAAAGCGUUAAGCCUUGGUUGUGCAAAUGUUAUUUUUUCAUUUCAACAGGUCAAUAGAGGAAAGUAUGAAAUUGCUUUACAAAAAAAAAAUAAAAAAUAUUUAAUAUUUAAGUAAACUAAUAAAACUACAGACAUUUAUAAGCAAAACCUUAUUAAGUCUGUUGAUAAACUGUCAACUCUUGUUUAUAAGCAAAACCUUAUUCAGUCUGUGAUAAACUGUCAAAUCAUCUUUUCAUUCUUAGGAACUUUAACAGUUGUAGCACAGUUAAAAAUGUGUUUUUUUACUUUCUAACUCUAAAAUAAAACCCUCUGUAUUUUAUUAAUUAGACAAUUAUAUUGUUUUAAAAAUGACUGCUUUCCUUUUUUUAUUGUAUCAUUAGUAAGGAGUAAAAAUAUCAGUUACACAAUUCUGAUUCUUUAAAUCGAUAGUUUGUUCCGGUAUGUUUUCAAAGUUUAGUGAAAACCAUUAAAUGUAAACCAACAAAAAAAAA